AUUGACAUAAGCUUCUACGUAUCGACUUCGCAGUCAGAAUCAAACGUGAAGAGCACUGACUGUUUCUGAUUAUAGUUCGUAUAUUUGGAAAGUGCUAGUUACCUUAUCGGGCAAGUUUCUUAAUACCUGGGCGGUUCGGUUGCACAGAAUCCAACGCCCGGGUGGCAAUCCAACAAUGGGAUCAUCGCUAAAUUGGUUUUACCUGUAGGCCUACAGACAGGGCUCUGAGCGCUGAGAAUCAUUCGAGAUGGCAGAUCCUGCCGAGCAACUUGAAAGUCGACAGGGCCCAUUCGACCAAGCCUCAGACGCGUUACAGCCAAUGCAGCCUUCGCAUCGAUUGAAUGGGGAGCCAACCAUCGUGCAUUUCUCACCCGGGCCACCUGAGAGCACUGAGCUGGCCAGCGGCGCCGAGCCUACUCGUCAGAGCGUGGUCCUAAAGCCCGUUUUCAAGAUGAAGCGGACUGGAACUGCCACAAUGCCGCCAGCCACUCCAGUACGCGACUCGAAUUCAUCAUGGCGCGCCAUGCCGGCCACCUCCCACGGCCCCUAUGGUGCCUACGAGCCGGAGCCUGCAAAAGUUUUCAGUGAUAUUCUUCCACCUUCUUCCACCCCAAUACCGCAUCCGACGCAGCACUCGGAGGCCAACUCCGCGCCCAAUGGAGCACGCAAGACCAAGUAUGCAACCGAUGAGGAGAGAAGGAGGGCAACCAGCCUCGCCUUGAAAGAGCGGUGGAGGACUGGCCGCAUGGACAUCGCCGUCAAAAAGCGGCUGGAAACCAUGAGACUCAGAAGGGAAGCGGCAGCUCUGCUCGGAACGCCGGGAAUCACCAAGCCGUCAGGGCCCGUAGCCAGUCUCAACCACACUCCAAUGAGCUCGGCCUCCCCAAAACGUUCGGCCAUCCUCUCGGGUCUCGCCGCCACCCCGCCUCACCGUGCGCGGAAGAGGUCCCUCGGCCCCGACCAACUGGCCCGUCUUACCGAGGAGAAGACGAUACCCAACCAAUCCACGGCACUGACACCAAACUCCGGCGCUCAUACAGGAACAGAAGAGGCAAAAUAUCUCGUCCAGCCGCGACCAACGGCCCCUGAUUUUCAUAUGCUCGACAUCGGAGACUCCAGUAACCGCAACUUCUCAUACCAGCAAGCACAACCAACAUCUGCAUCGGCACUGGACGAUGAGGAUGACCAGAGUGCAGACCAAGAAUGGGAGGAGGAGGGAGAUGACUUGUCAAUGGAUGCCUCGAGCGCCGACAUCACUGAGCGUGUCAAUGGCCGAAUCUUAGACGAAGGCAGCGGAGAUGGCUCGCACCUUGUUUUGGCUGCUCCAGAUCGCCCUUACACGAGUUGGAGAGAUGACGACGGUUCCUUGAUCAAAGCCUACGGCGCGCUCAUUCCAGAAGGGUAUCAGUUAUCCCAAGGAACCCCUCAGCAUCCAUGGAUCUGCCCGAUCCGUACGUGCCGCAAAAUAUUCUCGGAGAUCAAAGAGCUCGGUCGGCAUUUUGUUCGACUGCACAGCGGUUCAAGGUUACAUGAUAAUGAAGACGGCACCUUCUCGGAGCGCAGACAGACACAGUUGCGCGGCGGUGUUUCGAAACAGCCUGCUAUUGUCGUUUCCCGAGGGCCAGCCGACUCCUCCGACCCGCCACCGAUAGCUCCUUCGUAUCCGACUUCUGUCCUUAGGCGAAGAUCUUUAGACAUUCUUGGUCCUCCGAUAUCAGAAUCGGAAGCUGACGCUGACGUGAGCCUUUCAGUCACUCCAAGCCACCCACAGCUAAACCAAAGCUCCCAACCGGAGGGCGAUGCGGCGGCCCUGUGGAAGUACCUGCAGCCCCAUCUGGUCAAGCACAAAAGGAGAAACAUCCCGACCCAAGGAUGGGUCUCGCAGCUUAUUACCCUUUCACGGGUUCGCGACCUAGAUUGGCACUCAGAAUGGCUCUCCAGGAACGUCUUCAGCGACACCCACCCCCGGGAUAUAUCGGCCCUCAUCGUCCAGGUCACGGGCGACCCCGCGCCGAAGCCCUGCAACAGAUGCAGUGAUGGCAAAGGACCCUUCCGCUCGUGCAUCAUGGUGUCCGCCAAAGCUAACAGCGGUCCGUUGAGGAAUAUCCUAAGUUGCGCAAAUUGCUUCUAUCACUUUCGCCAAACGUACUGCAGUCAUAAACUUUGGGGUGCGGAACGGGCAGACCGAAUCCUGACUGCGAGAGCCGACGGCAUCCCACUUGGCGACUUACAUGAUGAUGCCCUCGUUGAAGAAGAAGAGAGGCACGGCUCUUUGGAACAUGAUGAUUCACACGCCAUUGCAUGGAACGGAGAUAAAUCGCGCGCCGAAACUCCCGGGACGGCAGGCAAUGCGCCGGCCGCCAUCAGCGAGGCGGAGCCGGGCAGGUUGUACACGAUGUGGCCAGAUGAAAACGGAGAGCUCACCCCAACCUUUGGCGCACUACUCCCAGCUGGCUACCAGCUCGAUACCACAAUUCCUGGCAGACCAUGGGUCUGCCCUGUGCGCAGUUGUCGAAAGGCCCUUUGCAAGCGGGGAGACUUGGGUUUUCACUUCCAGCGUGUCCAUUUCGCUGCCAUUUUGAACGACAAUGGCGAUGGAACCUUCUCCACCAAGGGCGUCUACCGAUCCAAGAGCGUCGCACCGGGAGGCAAGAUCCUGAUCAAAGCCCCUCCCAUUGUGGUGUCCAAGGAGCCCAUCGAGAGCAACAGCCCGAUUCCCCAACCGCAGCUUCCCGACUAUCUGGCAGCAGCGAAACCCUCUCUGUCAGCAGUCAACGACCCAGAAAUGGAGCCCAUGGACGACACGGAACCGGAGAGCCACGAAAUGGCUGAGCUCUGGUCCUAUAUCCAGCCGCAUCUUUUUUCGACGGUCAGCAUACCCAGCUCCAGAGUCAUCAGACACCUCUUGACUCUACCCAGGCGGCGAGAGAUACAAUUCAAUACGCAUCGCCGCCGCAGCGGGUUUGUCGAGGGAAAGAACGAAGACAUCGCCGCGGUAAUUGUCCAAGUCACGGGAGACGAAGUCUCCUCCCCGUGUAGCAGAUGCCGGAAGGGAAAAGGGCUCUUCAAGGGCUGCGUGGUGGUGCCUGAACAAGCACACCCCAAAGCAAAGACACGCUACCCAUGCUGUGGAAACUGCCUUUAUAAAGGCAAAAGGUCGUCCUGCUCUCUGUUAAAAUGGGUGGGGGAGCGGGAUACGCGAGCGACAACGACCUUGGCGGCCGAUGAUCAAACCCCAUCCGCGAGAGAUCUCAGGCCAAGGCGAAGCACCACCCAAUCCUCUUUCCCGUCUGCCUCUCUCCCGCGCCAACCAACCUCCUCCGCGCUUAUCUCCCAAGGAACCUUCCCAGGCCAGAAUGAACUUCUCGAGAUGGAAGACUGGGAGAUAGCACCAGGCCGCAUCCGCGAAACCGCCGGUCCCUAUCCCGAGACAAUCGCUUUUUCCAAGCCGUACCUCUCCACCCCGCAAGCGGUGCCUGUCUGUGACGACGUGGCCUUCCGCGUCGACACCAUCACGCCUGGCGGAGUGCUGCGCCUUGAGGUAGAAGCCAACAUGACGCGGCUCCUUUCAGUGGCGGCGGGUAAAGUCAAGGUGAAGUUGGGGGACGAGGACGAGUUUGUCGUCGGCCGGCAUGGCUUGUUCAAGGUCAAGCCUGGUGUGGGGUGUACUGUCAGGAACGGGCUUUACAUGGACGCCGUGGUGCAUACGGUCGUUUUGGCGGGAUAUGACUGACUGGGGCAUCAUAGUAAUCAUCCUUUUGGCGAAGAAUUUGGGGACUUGAUCGAAGUGGGAAGAUGACACGGAUACGGGGAGGUGGGAUAUCAAUCAUGAUUACCUACUUUGGCUUGUCUUCUAUUUCAGCAUCCCGAUUCGCCUUCAUUACGAUUCCGUUUGAUAAGUCUUGAACUCUGCCAGUGCCGAGAGCAGGUC